CGUACACUUUUUUAGACAGCGAUCUAUGAUCAAAGAUGGCGAGCACCUCAGACCUACUGGAAGAUAUGCUAUUUUCUGAGGUGGAUGAAAAAGCUGUGAGCGAUUUAGUGGGCUCUUUGGAGUCACAACUUGUUGGACAAAGCAACCCUGCAGAUACUCAGUCGGAAAACAGAGGUGCUGGGUCUACAGUCACUGCAAAGCAUCACUUAGGGAAAACGCUACCAGCCCAAGUGGGUAACGUUACUACACUAGUACAGCAGCAGCAACAACAACAAGGACAACAUAAAGCUGGGAUGCACCAGGAGAUGAACUCUAAACAAAUUAUCUUAGAGAAAACUGUUACAUCUUCUUCGCUGAGUUCUAUUCCGUCCUUUGAGGAAGCUUCUACCACUUCAGAGACUGGAGUAAACGCUACCAAGAGCGGUUUGCAAUCACAUGGAACAUCAUCUAUCACAACAGUACCUGCAUCUGGUGGUGUAGCAACUUAUCCGCUUGUCAACAGCAUCAGCAGCAGCACCAGCCGAGGUUCCGCUCUGGCUUCAGGUCAGACAUCAACAGACAUUGUCGAUCAUCCAAGAAAACGUAUAACUGCAUCGUUACGGAGUGCAUCCGUGGGAAUACAGAGUUUGAACGGUACCGGAGGAGCGGUAACGUCAAGGAAUAAUCCCCCUGCGGCGGGAACUGAUGCGUUGAUUAGCAGUGCAAGUGCAGCAAACUCAAGUCGGACCGUUGACGUUACAUCUUGUGUAAAUACAACGAAUUUCACUUUAUCUAACUCCAGCAUUUCUUCAACUCAAUCAGCGAUUCCCCUGGAUAAGGGGACUCCUACUAUUGCUUUGCAAAGACUACCAAGUCACAUUGUAGCGAGCAUCGCACAUAAUGGAAAUGGCACUACCGUCUCGGCCUUGGUUAAAGAAGGCGCGAUAGGACCGAUCACCUGUGCAGCAGCUUCGCAAGUGAACCACAAAAAAGAGGGUUCUGAAGCGAAGUCGGACGCUCCCGUACAGUCCAAAAUAGUCAUGUCCAGUCCGUUAGGUGUUGUCAAUUCCGUAAUAAACUCUGUUUCCUCUCCCUCUGCUGUUUUCAACCUAGCAGCGGCGACUACUGCAAGUCAUGUUAUGGCAAAGCCUGCAGUCAAUGUUGUUGGACAAACAACAACGGUUGGAAUGGUAAGGCCAGCGUCACCGUCUGUGGCCACCGCUACACACCCUCUGCUUCGACCGGGAGUCCCAGCGGCUCAAAGGAUUGUAGCCCCCCAGCUGAUUGUCAGACCCCCCCAACAACAACAGACGACCAUUCAACUGCCUCCUGGGUUUACCAUCCCACCGGGAAUGGUGUUGGUGCGCACUGAGAUGGGUCAGCUGGUGAUGGUCCCACAGCAGGCCCUUGCCCAGGCACAGGCCCAAGCCCAGGCCCAGGCCCAGGCCCAGAACAACAUCUCCCCCCGAACUGCCACCCCCACUGCAGGGGCCACCUUCAGAGCAACUACCCCACAGUCUCCUGUGACCUCUCAGGCUAUUCGGCCAUGUCCUCCUCCUGUCCAGGCCAAGAUGGUGCCGUCUCCCUCUCCCACUCCUAGCCCUGUCCUCCAGAUCUCCUCCUCCCCUGCGCCACCUUCUAAGGGCCCCAUGGCGCCGGCUGUGGCAGUGACGGCUCCCCAACAGGCCCCCGUGGUGAUGGCCCCCCAGGCCCCCGUGGUGAUGGUCCCCCAGGUCCAGGCUGGGGCCCAGGCUGCCUCGCAGCCAGCCCUGCCCCCACAGACCAGUGCCCCUGUAGCCCCAGGAGCCUCUGUCAUCUCCCAGGAGAUGCAGGAGAAUGUGAAGAAGUGUAAGAACUUCUUGGCCACCCUGAUAAAGCUGGCUUCCCACAACUCUCCGUCACCUGAGACCUCCAAAAAUGUCAAGUCACUGGUCCAGGAUCUACUGGAUGCUAAGAUUGAGCCUGAGGAGUUCACCAACAGACUGCAGUCAGAGCUCAAGUCGUCUCCUCAGCCCUACCUGGUCCCCUUCCUCAAGAAAAGCCUCCCGGCCCUGCGGCUGUCUCUGCUCAACAUUCAGCAUUCCCUGAUCCAGCCUCUGCCACAGGCCAAAGCCACCCCCACCACAGGCACCAGCUCUGCCAUCAUGGCCGGCCCAGCUGUCCGCGGCCGCCUCCCCAACAGCGUCAGCACCACGGGGGCCAGUGUCGGGGCCCAGGGACACACAGCUGCCCUGGGUAUCAAGCAAGUGGGCUCCGCUGGUUGCCAGGUCAGGAUGCCCAUGGUGAUCACACCAUUAAGAACACAAGGCACUGUCAGCAAGGGAGCCACGUUCCAAGCAGGCAAAAGUCCUGUGGGUUUUGCCGUUAAGGGCUCUGGAAAUCAGAAAAACAAGCUGAACGAUCCCGGAGGCGGUUCUUUCAGGGAUGAUGAUGACAUUAACGAUGUGGCCUCCAUGGCGGGGGUGAACCUGAAUGAAGAGAGCGCUCGUAUCCUGGCCACCAACUCUGAGCUGGUGGGAACACACAUCCGCUCCUGUAAAGAUGAGGCCUUCCUUCACCCGGGCCUGUUACACAGACGCAUCCUGGAGACAGCUAAGAAGUUUGGCGUGUCAGAGGUUCCUAUGGAGGCUGUGAACUUCAUCUCCCACGCUACCCAGUCCCGACUCCGCACUGUGCUGGAGAAGGUCUCCUCCAUCGCACAGCACAGGAUGGACGGCGGUAAAGAUGAGGAGGGGUAUGAGCAGUCGGCAGACGUGCGGUCGCAGCUAAAGUUCUUUGAGCAGCUGGAGAGGAUAGAGAAGCAAAGGAAGGAUGAACAGGAGAGAGAGAUCCUACUCAAAGCAGCUAAAAGUCGCUCCAGGCAAGAGGACCCAGAGCAGGCUCGGCUGAAACAAAAAGCUAAGGAGAUGCAGCAACAGGAGAUUGCCCUGGUGAGGCAACGAGACGCAAACCUGACCGCGCUAGCUGCCAUCGGACCUCGGAAGAAACGCAAGAUGGACUCGCCAGGGGCCACGCCGUCAGGGACCGAGGUAUCAGUCAGCUCAGUGGGGUCGCCGGGCGCCGCCUCCUCCCCCUCCACGUCGUCACAGCGGCAACGUCAACGCAUCACCCGCGUCAACCUCAGGGACUUCAUCUUCUACAUGGAGCAGGAGAGAGAGACAGCCCACUCACUUCUGCUCUACCGGGCUCUGCUCAAGUAGCACCCUCUCCCUCCCAGCACCCUCCUCUCUCUCCCUUACCAUCUCCUUCUACCCCUGCAACGUGCCUUCAAUCGGGUCAGAUGUUUCAGCUCAGUGUCUGUGUUGUAAUGUUGAUAUUAACAUAGCUUUUGAUAUAAAGGCUAGAGAAAAAACUCACUAAAAUAUAUUGUAUGUGUCUUUAUCUGUUUUAGCUUCAUGAUAAAUACACUGAGUACCAAACAUUAAGAACACCUUCCUAAUAUUGCCCUUUGCCCCCAGAACAGCCUCAGUUCAUCGGGGCAUGGACUCUACAAGGUUUCGAAAGUGUUUGACAGGGAUGCUGGCCCAUGUUGACGCCAAUGCUUCCCACAGUUGUGUCAAGUUGGCUGGAUGUCCUUUGGGUGGUGGACCAUUCUUGAUAAACACGGGAAACUGUUGAGCGUGAAAAACCCAGCAGUGUUGCAGUUCUUGACAGAAACCGCUGCGCCUGGCACUUACUACCAUACCCCGUUCAAAGGCACUUAAAUAUUUUGUCUUGACCAUUCACCCUCUGAAUGGCACACGUACGCAAUCCAUGUCUCAAAAAUUCUUCUUUAACCUGUCUCCUCACCUUCAUCUACACUGAUUGAAGUGGAUUUAACAAGUGACAUCAAUAAGGGAUCAUAGCUUUCACCUGCAGUCUCCUGGUCAGUCUAUGUCAUGGAAAGAGCAGGUGUCCUCCUCCUACAAUUAGAACGUAUUUGUUGAACAAAGUCCAGUGAAUAAAGUUACACAAAACUAACAAGUCAUAGAGUGGUCUGAUGCUUUAUACCAGAAACUUACCAGAGCAGAUUUUUGGAAAGUUUAUCUUCAGAAAAUGGAUUACAGCAUAAAUCGAAAUCGAGAUGAAGGUGAGGAGACAGGUUAAAGAAUGAUUUUUGAGACAUGGAUUGCGUACGUGUGCCAUUCAGAGGGUGAAUGGCCAAGACAAAAUAUUUAAGUGCCUUUGAACGGGGUAUGGUAGUAGGUGCCAGGCGCAGCGGUUUCUGUCAAGAACUGCAACACUGCUGGGUUUUUAGGUAUUUUACAACAGGUGUACAACAGGUGUGUUUUGUACACUCAGUGUAUAUGUAUUUAGAGUGUUGAAUUUAAGCCCAUGGUGAUGCAAACUCCUUGGGUAUUAUUGGGACUGGGUUUUUAAGGAGAGAUGUGUUUUUGUGUCUAAGGACCUGAGCCAGUACUUUUUACAUGUCAGUUGUAAAUUUGAUGUCCCAGGCAAAAUACUGAAUGAACCAUCUCAAAGGGAUUUUCUUUAAAAUAAUCAUAUUCUGAACUUAGUACAGCCUGCAAUAUUCUGAACUUAGUACAGCCUACAAUAUUCAGAACUUAGUACAGCCUACAAUUAGAACAUAUUUGUUGAACAAAGUCCAGUGAAUAAAGUUACACAAAACUAACAAGUCAUAGAGUGGUCUGAUGCUUUAUACCAGAAACUUACCAGAGCAGUUUUUUGGAAAGUUUAUCUUCAGAAAAUGGAUUACAGCAUAAAUGGAGCUCUUUAAAUGUAAAUAGUCAUUUUGAAUACUUUUGAACAGCAUGUAUGAUAUUUUUACCACGUGUAAUGUUAAUGACUCAAUACUGAGAUAUUCUGUCAAAUCAUGUGCAUUGAAAUUUGUUAUGAUUAGAAUGUUAUUUUAUUUGGAUCCCCAUUAGCUGACGCCAUGACGACAGCUAGUCUACCUGGGGUCCGACACGAAACGAAAAAGACAUUACUGACAAAAAUACUUUUUAAUUUACAUACAGUACACUUAAAAAACUGUAAGGUCUACACCUGUUGUAAAAUACCUAAAAGGUAACAUUUAACUGUCAAUAAGCAAAUUGUAUUCUUUGCAUUCUUUCACUUUAUAAACUUUAUUUUAAUACAAUGCAGAUAGUCUCAUCCAAUCCAACAGGUCAAUAAUCAAACAAUGGUCAGAGUUACCACAGUCUACCAAUAUGGUGGAUUCUGGCUAGUCACCCUCAUUGAGCAAGGCACAGUAGUCUCUCUCUGUACCCAUAUUUAUGGAGAGAUUUUUUUUUUCAAGAUGUUCCUGUAGAAUUUAGAUGUUGGCCAUCUGUCUCAUUGUUUGUGCCCAUUUCCACAAUACUUUAGGUUGUCCGAAGAACUUAUUCUGUGAAGCCAGGCCCAUAUACCCUCAGCAGAUGCCCAGAGUGCAGUAUGGUCGUUCGACAAGCAGCUCCCAUUAGGGUUUCCUCUGUUUCACUUCAAGACUAUUAACAAUCCAUAUCAGACGUGUAAGGAGCUGGACAGUUGUUGGAGUACAGUUUUGAGAAUUCUUCAUUUUAGCCUAAUAUUGACAUUGCAAUGUUUUUAGAGUUGUAUGUUUUUAUGUUCUCUCUAGAAUGAGAGGCGGGAGACUAAUGCCUCUCUGUCAGUAGCUAUAGAUCCUUGUCAUUAGGGUCCAACUCUGCAAGGCCUCAGUGUUGUCACCUGUUUCUCACCAUCCUCUUAUUAACAUGGCCUUUCUCCUAUUGGUUGGUUUUGAAUAGCCUAGCCUCUAUGCAGCUUCUGUCUUGUGUCGCUUUGUCAUUUAUUUGUUGAAUGGGCAACAUUUGAAAUGAAAGUGCAUUGAAGUUUUUUCUAACAGCACUAUUAUAUACUGUUUUUUUAUUACUUAUACAAUGAGAAAAAACAGAACGCUGGGUUACCAACGUAUAGAAAAAAAAGAGUUCCUGUCUCUUAAGCAUCAAACAGUAUUGUCAGUUGGUGUUGAAAGGGAAACUUAUUUUUUAACUAUUUAUAUAUUUUUCUUUUGAGUUCUUUUUUCAUUGGCAUUUCAUUUGAAAAAAUUAAAGUUUAAAAGCACAAAAAUACCUAUUUGUUCAGUGGUUAUUAAUAUUUUAAUAAUUAUUUGUAUAAUUUCUGAUAAAUAAACAGGAGAACAUUUCUACUACUUCAGCUUUUUAGCCAAAAUAUAAGGAUUACUGAUGCACCCAGUUGGAAGAUGUUUUAAUGUAUGGAUAAUUUGUAAAUAUUGUUUACAAGACCAUGUGUUUACUAGGACUAUGUUAUUUUUGGUAAACUCUGUACAUAUCCUGAAAAUGUCCCGUUUGUGUGAAAAACAUACUUCUGUAUUUGUACCUAUUUUGUAAAGGAAUAAAUAAACUGUUUACUAAACUAAGCAGACACA